AACAUUAUUGGGCGAACAAGAAACUGAUGAAAUCCAGGAGAGGCUGCGUUACAUGCAUAAACUCCCCGGGGCCUUCGAAACGAACGAAGGAACGGUCUUGCAAUUACGCGUUGACGCAAUAGUGCGAGGGGCACACCACGCGCUUCGGGUUCUCGCUUUCUCUCAUCUUCCGAACGAUCGAGCGACUGGAACGUUGGAUUUAUCGAACGGAGACGGAACGAAGGACCUUGAUCCUUCCCCACGACACCGAUCUUCUCACCGUUUUCCCUUCCUUUCUCCGUUAUUAUUUCUUUUUUCUUCCUCGCUCGUCAUUCAAAGCGCGCAAUGAUGGACGUCGUUCGGUUUUUCUCCAAGCUAUGAACGUGUUACAUAAGGCGGGGUUAACAACAAAAUUCUCGGUUUCCACAGCCCGGUGAACCGCGUCGAAUCGCCGGGGUAUGCGUACGGAUAUGCGCAAACGUGCUCGUUUCUGUGGUCGUGCGCGACUCGUAGCGUUCGCCGUAGAAGAAAAAACGGACCCGCUGCAAAACCGCAUAGACGGCGCUUCCGGAGAAUAUGUUUUACGUCUUGUUUGCGGCUGUGUCUAUUUUUCUGGAAAGAAAAAUAGGCGAGCGAGUGUCCUCGACUUCUCGCGAUCCAGAUGCACGAGAUGGAUCAGGCGGGUCGCGGGACACGGGCCUGAUUGUCUGUUCAUCGCAAACGGGGCACAGGCAGCACACGUAACAGGCACGCCAAACGUGUACCGGAUGGAUCGCUCCGUGUUCCAAGUAUUACAAGAGCGAUCUCCUGCGUGUCAAGACUGCCGAUGCGGCAAGAGGCCGUGCGCGGGGCACACGGCCUCUUCUUCGUGUGUCACCUUCGCCAGGAACGCCAGGGUGUGGCGCCAGAACCCGAAGAACGACCUUAGACACGACCUCGUCUGAGACUAACAAAAGCUGUGUCGCACCUUCGGUUUCGGCAGCUGAAUAAGUAUCCUGCAUG